CCGCCGGGGAUCGCUCUCCCGCCGGCCGUCUCCAGCACCCCGGGCCCCCCACGGCCGUUGGUCCGGGCGGGGGAGGGAGAAAGUGAGACUCGGUGUCAUCACCGUCCAUUGUCAGGAGGGGAGGAAACUGGGAUCCAGCAGUGGCGAGCAGCAGCUGGGCGGUCACAUCUGGGAAUGCAAAGCCGACCUCCCCCUCCUCCCCCUCCUCCCCCUCCUCCUCCUCUCCCUCCUCCUCCUCCUCCUCCUCUCUCACCCGGGAUCACUUCCGAAACCACUUCGCCUUCGGCCCCUGCCUCGGCCAGAGGGAUUUAUUUAAUGGGGAUGUGUUCAAGGCAAGAGCGAAUUCAGAAGGAUAUCGACGUCGUGAUCCAGAAGUCCAGAGCCGAGAAGGACUGCCUGUUUGCAGAUUUCAGAUACUCAGACUCCACCUUUACUUUCACCUACGUUGGCGGCCCCAAAAGUGUAUCCUAUUCAGUACAUGUAUCUGAAGAUUACCCAGAUAAUACAUAUGUGUCAAGUUCAGAAAAUGAUGAAGAUGUAUUAGUUACCACAGAGCCAAUUCCAAUAAUUUUUCAUCGAAUAGCAACAGAAUUAAGGAAGACAAAUGACAUUAAUUGUUGCUUAUCCAUAAAAUCCAAAUUACAGAAGGAAAAUGGAGAGGAGUCAAGACAAAAUAGUACAGUGGAAGAAGAUUCUGAAGGUGAUAAUGAUUCUGAAGAAUUUUAUUAUGGAGGACAGGUGAACUAUGACGGGGAACUACACAAGCACCCCCAGCUUGAAGCUGAUUUGUCGGCAGUGAGAGAGAUAUAUGGGCCGCAUGCAGUUUCUCUCAGGGAAUAUGGAGCCAUUGAUGAUGUAGAUAUUGAUCUGCAUAUUGAUGUUAGCUUUCUGGAUGAGGAGAUUGCUGUGGCUUGGGAAGUGAUUCGAACAGAACCUAUAAUUGUCCGACUACACUGCUCACUAACACAGUAUUUAAAUGGCCCAGUGCCCACUGUUGAUGUCUUUCAGAUUUCUACAAAAGAGCGAUUUGGAUUGGGACAUCAGCUAAAAAAGAUCAUGCAGACGUUUGUUACCCAGCAGUGGAAACAGAGCAAAGAAAAAUCCAAUUGCCUGCACAGUAAGAAGCUGUCAGAGAAGAAGGUGAAAUCUCCCCUGCAUUUAUUUUCUACCUUGCGCAGGUCGCCAAGUUAUCCUCCCCCUGGUUGCGGUAAGAGCAAAUCCAAACUGAAAUCCGAGCAAGACGGAAUCUCCAAAACGCAUAAGCUGCUGCGGAGGACUUGUUCCAGUACCGUCAAGGCUGACGACGUGUGUGCCACCAAGUCGCACAGGACCUUUGGCCGCUCCCUGUCCAGCGACCCCAGGGCGGAGCAGGCCGUGACGACCCUUAAGUCGCACAAACUCUUGACCCGGCCCUGCCCCGCGGCUGUCAAGCCCGAGGACUGCCUCACCCUGAAGUCGCACAAACUGUUGACACGGUCCUGUUCGGGGGAUCCGCGGUGCGAGCACAGCUCCAGCUUGAAGCCCCACAAACUGCUGAGCAGAUCCUACUCCAGUAACCUCCGAAUGGAGGAGCUGUACGGGCUGAAAAACCACAAGCUGCUCAGCAAGUCUUACUGCAGUGCUCCCAAGUCCUCCAAGACGGAGCUUUUCAAGGAGCCUAACGCAGAGGGCAGGAGGCUCUCUCUUACCUCAGGGCUUAUUGGUAUCUUAACACCAUCUUCGUCGUCCUCUUCCCAGCCCGCUCCAAAUGGUGCCAAAUGCAUUCCAAUACGAGACCGCGGCUUCCUCGUGCAGACAAUUGAGUUUGCUGAACAGCGGAUCCCUGUAUUGAAUGAAUACUGUGUGGUUUGUGAUGAGCCACAUGUGUUUCAAAAUGGCCCCAUGCUUAGGCCCACUGUGUGUGAGCGAGAGCUAUGCGUGUUUGCUUUUCAAACCCUGGGAGUAAUGAAUGAAGCUGCUGAUGAGAUAGCAACCGGAGCUCAGGUGGUAGAUCUACUAGUCUCCAUGUGUAGGUCUGCAUUGGAAUCUCCUAGAAAAGUUGUCAUUUUCGAGCCAUAUCCUUCUGUGGUGGAUCCUAAUGAUCCUCAGAUGCUGGCCUUCAACCCCAGGAAGAAGAACUAUGAUCGAGUAAUGAAAGCGCUGGAUAGCAUAACUUCUAUUAGAGAAAUGACACAAGCACCAUAUCUGGAAAUCAAGAAGCAGAUGGAUAAACAAGACCCCCUUGCUCAUCCCCUACUGCAAUGGGUUAUUUCAAGUAAUAGGUCACAUAUUGUGAAACUGCCAGUUAACAGGCAACUGAAGUUUAUGCAUACUCCACAUCAGUUCCUUCUUCUCAGCAGUCCACCAGCCAAAGAAUCUAAUUUUAGAGCUGCUAAAAAACUCUUUGGAAGCACCUUUGCAUUUCAUGGCUCACACAUUGAAAACUGGCACUCUAUCCUGAGGAAUGGUCUGGUUGUUGCUUCUAAUACUAGACUGCAGCUCCAUGGUGCAAUGUAUGGAAGUGGAAUCUAUCUUAGUCCAAUGUCAAGCAUAUCUUUUGGUUACUCAGGGAUGAACAAGAAGCAGAAGGUGACAGCCAAAGAUGAACCGGCGUCAAGUAGUAAAAGCAGCAGUGCAUCACAGUCACAGAAAAAAGGACAGCAAUCCCAAUUUCUGCAAAGCCGUAAUUUAAAAUGCAUAGCCUUAUGUGAAGUGAUCACCUCACCUGACCUGCACAAACAUGGAGAGAUAUGGGUCGUCCCAAAUACUGAUCACGUCUGCACACGAUUCUUUUUCGUCUAUGAAGAUGGCCAAGUUGGAGAUGCGAAUAUUAACACACAAGAAGGAGGCAUUCACAAAGAGAUCCUUCGAGUAAUUGGUAAUCAAACUGCUACUGGUUAAAGGACCACCAUUUAAUUAACAUGAUUUGAAAGCCUUCCUCGGGUUCAAAGCUGGAUUUUGAACUAAAGAAGAUGAUAAAAUAAUUUAUUGUUAUUAUAAACAAAAGUAACCCUUUGAAUACUGAUUUUUUUCUUAGUCUUUCUAAGUAUCUCAUUAAAUACCUAAAAUGGUAUAAAAUUUAUCAAUUGUAGGGUUAUGGAAUCUAGUAAUAAAAUUACAACAGCACUUAAACUAAAGUUUGGGUUGCUCACACAAUAAACAGAUUGAAAAAACAGUUUUGUGCUGAUAUUUUUAUAUUAAACUCUUUAAUUGGAAAUUUGGUAUUAUAUACCGACAUUUUAGGUUACCAAAAUAGAACUGAGAACAUUUUAUAAUGACGUCUAAAUCUAUGUGAUACUUUGCAAUAAGUACGUUUGCACAUUCUGAUGUGCUGUUUAAUUAGUGGUAUGAGCAUUCAAAUGUUUUGGGGAGGGACGUUUCCUGUUAUCCUGUUAUUUUUUUCUUAUACAAAAAUAAUUAGGUCUUAGAUGCAGUGCUUUGCCCAAGAGUAUGUAAUGUACAUAUCUAUAGAUUGAUACAUCAGAGUGUGUGACUGUGCAUAUAUGUGUGUAUGUAUACACAUAUAUGUGUUUCAACAACAGAUGGCACAGCUCCACAAUUCUAUCUAUGCUCAUUUAAUGAAAAGAAUAAUAGUAAGCAGUAAAUCUGGACAUAAACCAAGAUAUGAGUCAAAUUUACCACUAUUCAGUCAUUGAAAAUAUUUACAAUUUUUCUAUUUGUUUAAAUAAUUUUCCCUUCAGUUAAAAUUCAGCUCCUUCGUGAUGUUAUCUAACAGUUAUAAUUUGGGGAACAUAGAUGCCCCAGGUGGACUAAAUCUAUAUUUAAAUGAUUAUACGUUUAAGAGAAGGGCCUCAAAAUUUAAACAAACUAUAUUUUUUAUUUCCUACAAUGGAGCAUUUUUAAAAUUUAUUUAUACCACACCAGCAUUUUUUAUAUUUUUUCAUCUAAUACCUCGGCUUAGUUUUUUUCAUAUUGAGAAAGAAGAUAAACUUUGAAGUUUCUUUUAUAUUAAAAGAACGCAAAUAAGUUUAUAGAGAAUAAUAACACCAGCUCUCAGCAUUUUCCUUUCAAGAGUCAUGUGCUCAUCAAAAUCAUUUCUAUUUCUUUGAGUCCUAAAGUUAUUCAUAUUCAUCAUAAGUUUUAAUUGAUGGUGUUUAUUUCCCUACAUGAUGUCUUUGGAAUAAGGCCAUUCAUGAGAGCAAUUUAAUUAGCAAGUCUGCCACUCUAUUCAAAUCCUGAAUCAAGGCUCAUAUCUGCUGCUCAGUUAUUUAGAAAGAAAAUAAAUAAAUAAAAAUGUUUAGUCAUUUGCAAGUAUAAUGUUAUAACUUCUAUGUUUAUUUCCUUUGGCAUAAAAGGUGAGCGAAAAGGUCAUACACGUUGUUAAGGGUUGCUGUUCAAGAAGUAUUUAUUAAUUGUUUGUUUUCUAAUACUGUAAAUAAUCGCUAUGCCACUUAAUUUCUGCAAAAAUAGACUUGAAGUGGUUGGGAUAUUAAUCAUUGUUAUAGGAUACACUUAAAACAUUGAUCUAUUCUGAUUUGUGCCUCUGAACCCAAAGCCAGACUGAGGGACAGUAUUGGCAUGGUAGGGCCAAAAUAGAGCAUUUUACCUAGUGUUCUGUGACCAGAUACUUGAAGACUUUACACAGGACAAGAGGACCACUUGCUUUUUUCCUGUCAAGAUUCCCCAAGUCUUCCAAAUCCCUUUGUGUUUUAAAAACAUUUUUAAGCAACAAGAUAAUUUUUCAAAUUAAUUUUGUGGCACAUUCUAUAAAUACCAUAACUACGAAGAUGUACUAGCAGGAUUUAGAAAUUGAAGUCUUAGAGCCCCACCUAUGUGGCCACUGGCAUCAUUGAGGCACCUCCCAAAACAAUGUUCAGUGCCUCCAAGCACAGUUUUAAAACCAUGGACCCAAUCCAUUAAGGUCUGACUUAACAGUUGAGUGAUCGGUAAGGAGUGUAGUAUUAAAAUCUGAACUGGAAGGGUAACUUGGAGGACUCAGGGGAGAGCAUUUCAGGGAGCAAACACUGGCUUAAUGCAAACUCCUAUUGCCAGUUCAAGAAUAAAAGUAAAUUCACCUCUUAGAACAAGGAAAGUAGUUGAUAGUUUUAAUGGCUCCUAAAUAUUACAGAUAAUAGACAUCUUUUAUGAUAAUAAAAUAAGAUGUCUCCUAAUGGUAAUUAAUUGAAUGCUAUUACAAUGCAGAAUGACAGAUUUUAAGUUUAUUUUGGAAAAUUAAGUUCAGAUCCUUUGUAAGCAAAUAUUCUAAGUAUUAGAGCAAUUAAGUUCUUUUAAUUGAACUUUUGAUAUUGGGAUAGCUAUAGUAUGCUGAUACUUACUUUAUUUUUAAAGAAUUUAAUUUCAAUAUAUACUAGUAGUAAAUGAAUAUCAUGCUUACAAGAUCCAAGGAGGUCUUUAAAAUUUAGAAGCUUAAACAUUAUCAUGCCUUGAUUCAGUCAACCCAUAAAGAUAUUAUUUAUUGACAUAUUUGAUGAUGCCAAAUGUGAUAUUGUAUUGUAUUUAUAUAAUAUUUGAAGUCUGUUCACUGAUGCUUUGUAAUAGUUAUAUUAAUUGUGUGACAUUACUACUUAGUAUUAACCCACCGAACAAAGGUAAUCUUUUAUUUUCAUUCUUGAAGUAGGAGAAGAAGAACCUUAAUUUAUUUCUACUUUUUCCUGCGUUACUGACUUUGUGAACAUUUCCCUAUAAGUAAUUUGUCCUCUUUCACUGUCCACUGUAUUAAAAAAGAGAAGAAAAUGACUGGACAUUCGAGAAGAGAAAAAAUAAUAUACUUAUAACCUAGUGCUAUAGAAUACAUUAUAGUAAGGCACCAAAGGUGCCUUAGACUACAUUAUGUUGAAAUUAUUUUUAUUUCUUUUUGCUCAGCAAAUCUCAGUCAAAUGUUGGACAUGGAGGUGUCUUCAAUUUAAAAUUUAAAGAUGUGCCACAUCCUUAAGCUUAGUAUUAGAUAUGUGAUGUAAGAAACCAACCCCAAAACUAUUUAUUGUUAAUGUUCUGAAUAUCUCUCAUUGAAAAAUUUAAGAGUUUAGAAAAGACCUCUCUCAGUUAUUCUCUGCUUUGCUAAAAGAAAGAAAACUUUUAAUAUGCAAGUCUAUGAAUUUUUAAUACCAUUGAAAGAAUUUUAGCAGUACUUUAUACCAUAAUAUCAUAACUUGCCAGAGGGCAUGGCAUUUGAGAAAGUUUUAAGGAAAAACUCAUCAUCUUUGUUAAUGUCUGGAUGCCUUCAUCAAAUAGUAAUUUCAUAUAUCAUGAAGGGCCACUCAACCUUGGACUAUCUACCACUUAAAUAUGUGGAUUUCAUAGUAGCACUUGAAGCACAUUUAAAAAAUAUUAGGAUGUUAUUCGAUUGUUCCGCUGAAUUCUUCAUUAUAACACUACCUCAAGACAAAUGAUAGACUGUUUGUGAAGGUAAAUUGGGUUUCCAGUAGAAGGAACAAAUAAAAUUUUGCAAAUGAAAGUUAUCAAAUAAUUCAAUGGUCAAGACUGUGUUGGACAUAGAUAUUGUUGUCAGUUACCUCUUGACAAUGCAGUAAUAUGGAUAUUUCAGUCACUGGUGAUGAAUGAUGUAGGUACAACCCAGUGAGUUAUAUGAAGGGGUUUCAAGUUGCAAAAUUUGAAUAUAAUUAGUUCCCUUUCAGAUUGGUUUCUCCAUGGGCCAAUUUGACUUCAAUUCACCUAAGCCACAAACAAUUGCUCACUUAACAGUUAAAGGAUUAAAAUACUCAACUGCUUUGCCAGAAUGGCAGACUGAAUAUUCAAUUAUUUUGGCAUUGAAUGCCUGCUAAAUUUUUGUCAGAUUAUAUAUAAAUUUGAUGUAUAUUAUUGUCCAGUCAAUUUUUCCUGGAGAUUUUGUAUACAGUAUGAUAUAUUAGGAUAAGUUUUUGUAGGUUAAAACAAUUUCAAGUAGUUUUUAGACAAAACAUAUCCAUGAGUGUGAAAAAGCUGUGUUGAAGAAUAGAUUACAUUACACAUUUACCAGCAAGUCAGUAAAAAAAUAGUGCUUAUUUACAUAGUCAACAUAAUUUAAUGUUCUAAAAAUAUUUUCUUCAAUCUGCCCAAUAUUUAAUGUAUCAUUUGAGAUUUAAAAAAAAUGCAGCCACUCCUUUAUGUAAACAUUAAGAUAUGCCUAUGUUUAUUUAACUAUCCAGCCUUCUUUACAAUAAAUUUCUUGACUUUUGUGCACAAAAUAGUAUAUUGCAACCUGCUAUUUAGCCUUUGGUGCCUUAGAGUUAUUAUAAAUAUUUAACAAUAUGUACAUAAUGUAAAUACUGCCAAGAGAUCACUAAGGCCAAAUAUUUUCUCUAUUCACUUUUUAUUGCACUUGCUUUCUAUUGCUACUUAAGCCUCUUUUAAUCAGCUUUGUAAUAGUUCUAACAUUGUAGCCAAUGUAAAUGUUUACUUUCAAUAAAUCUGAAUUUGUUCAACAA